AUGGCUUUCGGAACUCUCUUCACCACCGCCGACCAACCUCGUGCCACCGCCAUCAAGGCUGUCGCCAAGGCCAACGGCCUCGACCUCAACAUCUCCCUCGUUGAGGCUGGCAAGAUCUCUGCCGAGCACAAGAAGGCUCACCCUCUGGGCAAGUACCCUGCCUUUGUUGGCGAGGAUGGCUACGCCCUGAGCGAGUGCAUUGCCAUCGCCAUCUACGUCACCUCCCAGAACGAGAAGACCACCCUUCUCGGCAAGACCAAGCAGGACUACGCUUCCAUUCUGCGAUGGAUGUCAUUCUUCAACACCGAGGUCGCCCCUAAGCUCGGUGCUUGGACUGCCCUCCUGAACGGCACCAAGCCCUACAACAAGAAGACUGUCGAUGACACCGCCAAGGAGGUUGGUGCUGCCAUUGACGCUGCUGAGGAGCACCUCACCCACCACACCUACCUCGUCGGCGAGCGCAUCACCCUCGCUGAUCUCUUCAGCGCCGGUCUCCUGUACCGUGGCUUCCAGAACUUCUUCGACAAGGCGUGGCGCCAGCAGCACCCCGCUGUCACUCGUUGGUACGAGACCAUUGUCAACCAGCCCAUCUACUCUGCUGUUGCCGAGAAGCUCCCCUUCCUCGACACCCCUGCCCUGACCAACGUCGCCCCCAAGAAGGCUGAGGCUCCCAAGGCUGCUCCUAAGCCCGCUGCUGCCCCCAAGGCUGCCGAGCCCGAGGAGGAGGCUGCCCCCAAGGCCAAGCACCCCCUUGAGUCUCUGCCCAAGGCUUCUCUUCCUCUCGAUGAGUGGAAGCGCCAGUACUCCAACAGCGAGACCCCCGAUGCCCUCAAGUGGUUCUGGGAGAACGUCAAUUUCGACGAGUACUCCCUGUGGAAGGUUGCCUACAAGUACAACGAUGAGCUUACCCUGACUUUCAUGUCUAACAACCUCAUCGGCGGCUUCAACAACCGUCUGGAGGGUUCUCGCAAGUACCUCUUCGGCUGCGCCUCCGUCUACGGUGCCAACAACGACUCCGUUAUCGAGGGUGCUUUCGUCAUCCGAGGCCAGGACUACAUCCCUGUCUUCGACGUCGCUCCCGAUUAUGAGAGCUACGAGUUCAUCAAGCUCGACCCCUCCAAGCCUGAGGACCGUGCCUACGUUGAGGCUCAGUGGUCCUGGGACAAGCCCGUCACCGUCAACGGCAAGGAGUACCCCCACGCUGACGGAAAGGUCUUCAAAUAA